AUGUAGUCAGUUAGAAGCUUACUCCAGCCGCGAGCGUACGUAGUAUUUAUCUACCGUGUAAUAAAUUGAAAAAUCUAACCUGUCGCGCUUCACUUAUUUUCAACGCUCAAGCUAAGCAUCGUUAGUUGUAUACAUAUAUACAUAUAAAUUUGGCGUGUCAAACUAAGUGCGGCUGUACGGUUAGAACAAGUUUCGCACUGGUUAUCUCAAUUCCAUAACCAUAUAAAUCUGUACACAAAACACAAAUUAAUUAUUUAAAUUGCAUCAAUUUAUACAAAAAAAAAAAAAGUUAUGAAUAUUUCGAAAAUGUUAUCUGAAACACCUACAUCGGAUUUGGGAUUUGGUGAUAAGCAAGAGGCCAAGCAACCGAGUGCUUUGAAAGUUGCUAGUAUGACCAGAAGGCGAUCGUCUGCAGCAUCUACAUGUUCAUUCAGCUCAGCUUGUUAUACGGGUAGCUCAGACGAGGAUCCAGUGUCUCCGCGGGAGAAGAAGCAACGUAAUACUACCGGUUUCACGGAUUUUUGUGUUAAAAAUAUUUCUUCCCAACAUUCUUUCGGCAGAAGAGAAAUAGAAAUUGCAGAAAAGGAAAUGCCUGGAAUUCUGGCAUUACGAAAGCGUGCCUCAGAUGAUAAACCUCUAAGAAAUGCUCAAAUUGUUGGCUGUACUCAUAUUAAUGCACAAACAGCGGUACUUAUCGAAACAUUGGUUGAGUUGGGGGCAACUGUGCGCUGGGCUGCUUGCAACAUUUACUCCACACAGAACGCAGUAGCCGCUGCACUCGCUGAAGCGGGCAUUCCGAUAUUUGCUUGGCGUGGGGAAACCGAAGAAGACUUCUGGUGGUGCCUAGAUAAGUGUGCCCACUCCGAUAAUUGGAAUCCAAAUAUGAUCUUGGAUGAUGGAGGCGAUGCCACUCACUUAAUGUGGAAGAAAUAUCCCAUUAUUUUCAAAGGGAUCAAAGGUAUUGUGGAAGAAAGUGUGACUGGGGUACAUAGAUUGUAUCAAUUGGUGAAAAUUGGAAAACUAACAGUUCCAGCAAUAAAUGUUAACGACUCUGUAACGAAAGCCAGAUUCGACAAUUACUACAACUCAAAAGAUUCAAUUCUCGACAGUUUGAAAAGAUCAACGGACAUAAUGUUUGCUGGUAAACAAGUGGUAAUUUGCGGCUACGGAGAUGUGGGAAAAGGUUGUGCGCAAAGUCUUCGUGGGCAAGGCUGCGUAGUUUACGUAACUGAAAUCGAUCCGAUUUGUGCAUUGCAAGCAAGCAUGGAUGGCUUUCGAGUAGUCCGUUUAAAUGAAAUUAUUCGCCAAGUCGAUAUUGUUGUAACAGCUACCGGUAAUAAGAAUGUCAUCACUCGAGACCAUAUGGAUCGCAUGAAAUCUGGUUGCAUAGUUUGUAACAUGGGACAUUCAAACUCGGAGAUUGAUGUGAAUAGUUUACAUUCACCUGAACUAUCCUGGUUGAGAGUGCGCUCUCAGGUGGAUCAUAUCAUUUGGCCUGAUGGUCGUACGAUCAUACUUUUAGCCGAAGGACGCCUUGUCAACUUGUCGUGUUCAACUAUUCCUUCCUUUGUGGUAUCAGUUACUGCUGCAGCACAAGCAUUGGCUCUCAUUGAGUUAUAUAACGCUCCAACUGGCCGCUAUAAAUCCGACGUUUAUUUGUUGCCAAAAAAAAUGGAUGAAUACGUUGCAAGUUUGCAUUUGCCAAUAUUAGAUGCGCAUUUGACAGAACUUACUGAUGAGCAGGCGAAGUACUUAGGACUCAAUAAAGCCGGACCUUUCAAGCCAAACUAUUAUAGAUACUAAAUUUAACUGGAGAGAACAACGAAAAUAUACCCAUAUGUACUUACAUAUAUAUUUUUUAUAUGGAAAUCAUGUUCACCUUGUUUCUCCAUAUUUACCGUAAAUCUUAAAAGGAGUGAUUGUAAAAGGUGACGCAAUUAUCGCAAAGACAUGCAGACAUACAUACAUAUAUAAGUAUAAUAUUUUUAAUUUACACAUGUACGUACUUACAUGCAUCCCUAUGUAAUGGCGAAAAUUAGAAAUUAUUUUCGGAUGUUAAGCAUUCGCUAACAAAAUUCAUAAUUAAUCAUAGAAAUAAAUGUACAGAAA